AUGGGGUUCAGCAAGCUAUUUUGCCGUCUUGUGUUGGUUUCUGCAACUACGUCUGCCAAAUGGAUUGUUCCAGGAGCGCGAUGGAGAGCAACAGAUGGCUCACUUGUCAAUGCGCAUGCAGGCGGUGUGACCGUGGAUCCUGAGACCGGCAAAUUCUUUUUGUUCGGGGAAUACAAAGUUCAAGGUCAAGAAGAAGGUGGUGGUGUGAGCGUCUACAGCUCCGACGAUCUUGCAACAUGGGAACCCCACGGUUUGGCAUUGACCCCAAUCGAAGACCAUCCCUACAUUUCGAAGAAGGACAUUAUUCAGAGACCAAAAGUUGUAUAUAGCAAGGCUACCAGCAAGUAUCAUAUGUGGUGGCAUGCCGACAAUUCGACGUACGGCGAGUUGCUCCAAGGUUUUGCCGUUUCCGACAACAUCACCGGACCCUAUACUUUCGUCGAUGCUACGGCACCUCUUGGAAAUUGGUCGCAAGAUUUUGGCAUGUUUGUAGACCAAAAAGAUGGACGUGCAUACGCCCUUUACUCCAACGGCGACCGUCGCGAAGGACGCGACGUGUAUCUCACAUCCUACAAUGAGAAUAUAACUGCUCUCGACAAGGUCAUUCACCGUUUCGAUAAAUACGAUCUGGAGGCUCCCAAUAUCGUGCAAACAGAUCAGAGCUACUUUGCCCUCAUGUCACAUAAAACGGGGUAUCGACCAAAUAAUGUGGUCGCAUUCCGCGCAGACUCUCUUUCUGGUCCCUGGUCGCAGCCCUUCAUAAUCGCGCCAUUGAAUACGCGCACGUACAACUCCCAAUCAGGCUUCAAUCUCCGUAUCAACGGUACCAAGAAGACAACCUACAUCUACAUGGGAGACCAAUGGGAUUCCAUCUCGCUGUGGGAAUCAAGGUACAUCUGGCUUCCACUUGAAAUCAACGAGGAAGAAAAGUCCCUUGAACUUGUGUGGCAUGAUGUCUACGACCUCGAUGUAAAAACUGGUGAAGUUACACCUAUCGAAGGUACUACCUACUAUAACAAGGAUGCAACCACGACUGGAAACGCAUGGCACCAGGAAGCCAAAUUCGCAAGCGACAAAGUUAUUGUGACUGGCAUCUAUGGCAACGACAGCAAAGUCACCUUCCACAACAUUGAAGGCAGCGGUAAACCUCAGUGGGUAUCAUUCUAUUAUCAAAACACUGACGACAUGGGCUUUGGCGACCAACCUGGUGGCACUCCUGAUCGUAUCAAUGGAACUUGGCAGCUCCGUCGCAUCUCCAGCGUCAUUGUCAACAACAAGACUGAAGAGCUCCAAACAUUGUACCAAAGAGAUACUCACAAGGGGAUUAUUCUGAGCACGCCGCUCAUGCUUGACUUGGAGAAGGGAAACCACAACACCAUUACUAUUGGCGGUCUAUACAAUGGCAAGGAUAUCAAGGGUGCGGACAUUGACCGUAUUGUAGUCUACCCGCCUGAAGAGUAG